AUUAUUGGUUUGGUUAUUUUUUGACAACAAAAUAUUUUCAAGUCUCAUAUUAUUGGUUUGGUUAUAGAUUUUUUUGUUUGGGUUAGAUUUAGUUUAUUAAAUUUUAAUUAUAUACAUGUGAAAAUAAAUAAAAUUUGUUGUUGUAAAAUUGGUUUAUAAAUUGAGUUUUGUUAUUUAAUUAUAUUUUCAGGCGGCACCAUAUGCAGAAAUAAAAGUUUAAAAAAUUAAAUUAUAUUUAAAAUAUUUUUUUUAAUUUUAAUUAUAUGUAAAAAUUAAGAUACAAGAAAUAAUUUUUUAUUUAAUUUUUAAUAAUAUUUAUGUCUACAAUUCUAAAAUUAUAGACAUUUAUAAUUUUCAAGUAUUAUUUAUGUGGUUAAAAAUAUUAUUUAUUUAUUUUUAAUAAUAUUCUGAACAAGGAUAAGAACCUAAAAUAUCAAAAUAAACAAUAUAUCUGAAAUAUGUUUGGAUAUUUGUACGAAAAAUAGCCAUAUUACUCGAUUCGAUCCAAAUCUUUUAAAUAGAGUUAAUUACAUGACGACGCAUCUAAAAUAUAACACUAAUUAUAAAAAACAAAUAUCAAUAUAUAAAAUCGUAAAAAUCAAACAGAUUAUGUUUCUCUUGCUGCAAGAAUCAAAAAGAAACAAAUUAGAAUUAGGGCUAAUUUAUGUCAAGAAGGAAAACUUGGUGAGCAAGUCCCUUCAUAUGUAUUAAUGUGAGCAAUUGGGGUUUCAUUUCUUUACUAAAACUAUUCAUGUCUCUGAUUCUCAACCAGCCCCCGAAGCUAUGCUUGCGGAAACCAGUGUUGGUAAGAUGCUCUCCUCUUCACCACUCUAAUGGUUACUCAUCUGCUUCAUUGCCGCAAUCACAAAUCCUUCCUUCAACCAUCUUAUGCGCUGAUCCUUGUAGACCACAUCUCGUAAGACCCGUGUACAGGAGGAGGGAUGGUGACAUGGAUAUUCUUGAUCACGAGAUGCCUAGUGAUUUUAUGGAGGUAACGGAAAUGAUAGGAACAUCCAAUGGAUGGAUAACGUCUUUGGUGGACGGCAUUGUGCAAAUCCGGGAACACCCGGGGAAGAAUCGUAAACAGUUGAGAAUCAUUUUUUUACCUCCUCAUGUAACGCUGCCUCUAUGCCAAGCCCAAAUGGCCACCAACGUGGCAAUGUCCUCAUCUUCUCCGUUGAAAGAGGAUUGUGUUGUGGCUGUCAAGUUCUGGGGACCUCAACUAAGCAUUUGUAAACCGGCUCAAAGCAACGCCGAGUGGAUCAACAUCAGAAUCUCAAACCCUUGUUUCUUUUCCUCCCCUGUCAUGUAUUCGGAGAAAGAGGACAUGUUUCGCAUUAUCGGAUCUGGAGGCCACCUUGUUGGAUCAUGGGAUCUCGGCAAACACAAGUGCACACCAAAGAUUCAGAGACUUCAAUUUCAAAACCUUCCGGAGCUGAGCAAGGCCAAGCGGGAGCUUCUGUACUCGAGCAACACAAGCGAACACUUGGUGGAGUCAAGAACCACCGGUGAAACUUUCAUGGUUAAGUGGUACAAAAGGACGGCCAAGACCAUCUACUGCAUAGAGAGAAUGGAAACACAAGCUUUAAUGGUGUUCAAGAUAGACGAAGAAGGCAACGCUGUUUACACUCAAGAUAUUGGUGAUCUCUGCAUUUUCCUCACAAAGUCUGAAUCUUUCUGUGUCCCUGCUUGCUCUGUUCGCCACAUGCGUCCUAAUCGCGUCAAACUCAUGGAUGUCGACGAAUUCACUAUUAUCGAUCUGGCUGCUCAAAAGUGGAACUGACAAGAACAUUAGUUUGGACUUGUGUUUUUUUUUUCCUGAGACUAGAGUCUUGUUUUUUUCUUUAAAACCUUUCAAAUAUCCAAUCUAUUUUUUUCCUAAUAUUUAAUAAGCUUUUUG